AUGACCAGCGAUUUUUCCCAACCUGUUAUGUAGCUUUGCUAUGAGGAUGUGAAUGGAUCUUGUAUUAAAACUCCCUAUUCUCCUGGGUCCCGGGUGAUUCUGUACAUGGCGUUUAGCUUUGGGUCUUUGCUGGCUGUGUUUGGAAAUCUCUUAGUAAUGACUUCUGUUCUUCAUUUUAAGCAGCUGCACUCUCCAACCAAUUUUCUCAUUGCCUCUCUGGCCUGUGCUGACUUCUUGGUGGGUGUGACUGUGAUGCCCUUCAGCAUGGUCAGGACCGUGGAGAGCUGCUGGUAUUUUGGAGCCAAAUUUUGUACUCUUCACAGUUGCUGUGAUGUGGCAUUUUGUUACUCUUCUGUCCUCCACUUGUGCUUCAUCUGCAUCGACAGGUACAUUGCAGUUACUGACCCCCUGGUCUAUCCUACCAAGUUCACCGUGUCUGUGUCGGGAAUUUGCAUCAGCGUGUCCUGGAUUCUGCCUCUCACAUACAGUGGUGCUGUGUUCUACACAGGUACCAAUGAUGAUGGGCUGGAGGAAUUAGUAAGUGCUCUCAACUGUGUAGGUGGCUGUCAAAUUGUUGUAAGUCAAGGCUGGGUGUUGAUAGAUUUUCUGUUAUUCUUCAUACCUACCCUUGUUAUGAUAAUUCUUUACAGUAAGAUUUUUCUUAUAGCUAAACAACAAGCUAUAAAAAUUGAAACUACUAGUAGCAAAGUAGAAUCAUCUUCAGAGAGUUACAAAAUCAGAGUGGCCAAGAGAAAGAGGAAGGCAGCUAAAACCCUCGGGGUCACGGUAAUAGCAUUUGUUAUUUCAUGGUUACCAUAUACAAUUGAUAUAUUAAUUGAUGCCUUUAUGGGCUUCCUGACCCCUGCCUAUAUCUAUGAAAUUUGCUGUUGGAGUGCUUAUUAUAACUCAGCCACAAAUCCUUUGAUUUAUGCUUUAUUUUAUCCUUGGUUUAGGAAAGCCAUAAAACUUAUUUUAAGUGGGGAUGUUUUAAAGGCUAGUUCAUCAACCAUUAGUUUAUUUUCAGAAUAA